UUACACUUCUGCAAAUGCUACAAAAAAUCAAAAUUUCAAUGUGAUUUGUACAGAGAAUUACAUAAAAGCACAUUUUAUUGCAUUAUAAUGUGCGCAAUGAAUUCACGGUCCUCGGCAGGAGCCCGCUGCCAUCUAUGUCCCGAGGGCCGGAUCAGUUUAUAUUGUUUUCUUGCGACGGCAGGUCUGGUGCUGUUGCCCUCAGUACCGCAGAUCUACUAUGAAAUUGUGCCAAAUGUAUGGGGUGCCAUCUUGUGGGGUCCAGUGCUAUAUUACGCCCUGAUCAACUUAAUUAUUCGGUUUGUCCUCCGAAACAUGGAAUAUCAGGUUGCAAUACGCGCCUCUUUUCUUGGCUUCGUGAUGGCGGCGAGCGUACUAGUCGUUUGUUUCGCGCCCGCACCAUGGCAGCAAUUUGGCGUCUAUGGCUGCUUUAUGGCUUUCUUCCAUUACUCGGAGUUUUUGGUUAUUGCGGUGGCAAAUCCUCGAACACUCUCACUGGAUUCCUUCAUGCUGAACCAUUCAGUGCAUUAUGGUUUGGCCGCAGCAGCCAGUUGGAUUGAGUUUGGUCUAGAGCUUCACUUUCUGCCCGAUUUCAAGCGAUACGCCCACAUUUGGUUGGUGGGCGUGGCACUAUGCACUUUCGGCGAGAUUGUGCGAAAGACGGCAAUCAUCACAGCAGGUCGCAGUUUUACUCAUUUAGUUCAGGAUGAGAAGCACUCUGAUCAUAAGCUGAUAACCCACGGCGUAUACGCGUACAGCCGGCAUCCGUCCUAUGUGGGCUGGUUCUAUUGGUCAAUUGGCACGCAAUUAAUCUUGAUGAACCCGCUGUGCAUCUGCAUUUAUGCAUUAGUCAGCUGGCUCUUCUUUCACGAUCGCAUAUACGUUGAGGAGUAUUCGCUGCUCUACUUCUUUCAAUCUGACUACGCACGGUAUCAGAAGCAAGUGCCAACGGGGCUGCCCUUCAUCAAAGGCUAUCUGAUUGACUAGGAAUUAUAUAUACGGGAUCAAAUGUCAUCCACACAAAUGCAAAUGCAAAGCAAACAAAUAUAAUUUUAGUAUUUUCCCCUUUUGAAAUUUGGGCACAGAGCAACAAUAGAUAUAGUGACGAACCUUUUUCAAUUAUUAUCGAGUCUAUUUGUAUUGUGUCUCAAAAUGUAAAAGUACAAGAAUGUAUUUAA